CGGUGUUUUGAAUGAAAUUAAAAAUAUUUGCAACUAGGACCCCUUGGCCAUGCAUUGCUGGGGCAUUGAAUUGUAUGUUCACAUUAUUUCCACGGAACAACCGUUGAAACGUUAAAGUUUGGAAUUCAAGGAACGAGUUGAAUUCUUCUGAGAAGCAGUGGAGAGCGUUCUUGAAAAACGGUGACACUGUUUUGGUGCAUUGCGCUGAGCUCUAGGUUAGGGGAAAUGCAACAGCGGUUUUUGUUUACGGCAGCGCAAUUUUGUUUUUUGUUUUUUGAAUGCAACCGCUAGAACCGUCAAUUAACGUGCCUUUGCUAUGAAGGUUAGUUCGAGUCUAAUAUGAGUUACGCGCCUCAUGAGUGACCAAAACAGACCAAUCGGAGAUACCAUAAGCCAAAACAAGUUCAAAACAAGAAAGGUAAAAAUUCCAAGAGAACCUUACCUUUGUGGAAUACGUAUUACGAUAAAGAAGAAAAAAAAAGUUUAUUAAUAUUUAUGGUUUUGCUCCUCAAUAUCGACGGAUGAAUUUGCAUAUUUUCGAAUCAUAAAUUUUGUGUGAGUAUGUGUUCACGUUUAUCGAAUCGUUAACUAGCGGGAGGAAGGCACGAAGAUAAAAAAAAAUAUAUCUUAUGAAUGCAUAAUAAUGAAAUGUUCAAAGUGACCCUAAUUUGGUUGGAUGUCUGCUGACGGCGCUGUGGUGCAAAAGAAGAAGAAAUUCAAAACAGGAAAUGCGCUAGUCAAUGUGAUGUCAAUACAAGAGGUUAUGAUUAGUGAUUGACCGAGAGGAGAUUCAAAGCUGGAUUUGAAACGUUAACAAAUACUGUAAAUGCAAUCUAGUGCCCGGAAUCAACAUCAAAUAUUUCCGUAGAUUGUAAAUACUACAUCGAAUCAUUCCUGCGGAUCAAUAGUCAUCAAUUUUACAUCGAACGCGUACCCAAUCGUUCAGUAUGGAAAUCUUUCGUAAAAGUUAGUUGCAGCUGGUAACGAUGCAGCAUGCGAGCUUUUUGCACUGUCAGCGCACCCUUAGAGGUUUGCGCACCACCAUCCCGCCCGCUGCCUCCGGGUACCCGAUUUCUAGCCCUAAAAUUGUUAGGAACACCACAGCCACGCACACUCUACUUCCUAGUCGAAGCAAAAAGUCGCGUCCGCGAAGUAUACGCACAAACAUGCCACCACUUCUCCAAGCAGGGCAUGCUGGACACCGAACUAUUCGGCCUGGCGGUGCUAAUAGAUGGCGAAUAUCUGUUUGCCGAUCCCGAGAGCAAACUGUCCAAGUAUGGCCCCAAAAGCUGGCGUUCAUCUCACACCCAUGGGUUGGAUGCCAACGGAAAACCUCUCCUGGAGCUGCAUUUUCGGGUGCAGUUCUACAUCGAGAGCCCACUGAUGCUGCGCGAUGAAGUAUCCCGGCACAACUACUAUCUGCAACUCAAAUACAAUGCCAUCAAUCGGGACCUCCCGAAAGACUGUUCCGAACAGUCGCUGUUGCUGUUGGGUGGCCUGUCGCUGCAAGCCGAACUAGGCGAUACGGUAGACGAGAAUGCGGCGGAAGCGGGAAGCAGCACCAGUACUACGGGUGUAUCCAGCAGUAGCAGUAACAGUAUCAACGUCGUCGUCGUCGAAGACCCGGGCAGUAUUGUGAGCAAUGGCAGUGCCAACGAUACCAGCAGCAUCAACACCACUAGCACCACCACUAACUCAAAUACCGGCAACAGUGGCAAUAGUUCGGAGUAUUUCCGACCGGAUGAAUUCAUCAACCCGGCGUUGUGGACUACAUGGGGUAUCUCUGCCCUCAGUUCUUGCCAUCGAGAAAAUCGCGGACUGUCUAGGGCUGACGCAGAAACGCACUACAUUCGCGAAGCCUGUAAUCUCAACGAGGUCAUCAAUGCGCACGUAUUCCGCAUGAAACAAUCGAAAAAUGAACCCGGUAACGGAUCGGUUUCCCUAAGCAUCUACGCAAAAGGUAUCAAAAUUACGAUGGACAACUCAACCACCAUGACGUUCAACUGGCCUAGCAUUAGCAAGCUGAGUUUUGACAGGAAGAAAUUUGAGAUUCGUUCGGGUGACAACAAAAUCACACUAUAUUCAAUGAAUGAUGACAAAAACAAAAUGAUAUUAGCUCUCUGUCGAGAGACGCAUCAAUUUUCUAUGAAAAUUGCUCCUAGAUUGACGGAGGCAAUCAAACGGGAAGAAGAGGAAAGCAGCUGCAUUCACGGAUACCCUUACCUGUACUCGCGAGCUUUGAACUUACCAUACAAAAGUAAAAGUGAUCAGAGAAUAUCAGUUAUAUCGAGUACAAGCUCUAACACUACCUCUGGAAUAGUAAGUGACCGGGUGCAUUCGGAAGAUGAACUAGAGAUCAUGAUCAAUACACCACCUUCUGCAACGCUAGCAGCUCCAUCUACAGAAAGUCUUGCAUUGGCUCAUCUACUCGAUUGUCCCAGCGUGAGUCGACAGACUUCAUCGGUAGGUCAGGUUUCUUUGAAAGAUCUGGAAGAUACAUUAGCUGCACUAUCAGUACGAUCCAACACAACCGUACGUUCCAUCGGCAGCGAUAGCACAGAAACGAAAGAAAGAUCUACGAAGGAGUGUGAAUCAUCACCGUCUUCACAACACAACAUUGGCUCGCAAUGCUCGUCAACGUGCAGUACUGUAGUAGUUGCCACUGACUGUAUCAGUCUUCCCACAAGCAAUUCUAACGGCCCCAUAGAAAGACGACAAACAUCGUCUUGCAGUAGCCUUGAAUUAGAAUACAGUCACACAGCCCAGAAUAGUACGCUAAGCGUAGCGGCUAGUACAUGCUUGGAACAUGACGUCAACGAAGAAGAGGAGGAAUCCAACUCUGGCGUCUACACUCUUGCACAUGUUCCGCCUACCGAAACCAGUGGAGUAUAUACCAUGAAUUCCAGCGAAAUGACUGGUCAAUCUUCUGAAAUUGCUGAAUCGGAAUCGCACGAAAGUUCUCACUAUGGGUGUUUCCAACCAUGCCAGAGUGAAAUUGCGGAACCACUAGAACCCGUUGAUUCUGUUGAUGGGGAUUUCCGACCUCGGUUGGAUAGCGACAUUGCUGAGUUCAGAAUGAGAUCUGAUUCAAACGUUUCGGCAGCGGGAUCUUUCCGAGGUGAUGGUAGCGAUCCGACAGACAAAAAGCAUGCUUUACUUAGCGCCGAAGAGCUGACGGAUCUGAUUGUUGGUCGAGGAACGUACCCAUCACGCAAAACAGUCAGUCACACGCUGGACUCGGAUUGUGACUACGUGACCCUUCCGCUACCCCUGGAAGGUGAAAGCUAUCUGCAAGGCAGUGAAGAUACGGCUCCUACUGAAGAUGAAUACGAUGACGAUGUACUUCCACCUGCUCCGCCAAAACGAAUAGAUAGCAAUAUACAAUCACAACGGCAAUCACUCUUAAGUCUUACUAAUGUUGAUGAAUCUCCCCCACCUCCACCUCCUCCCUAUAAUGCUCAUCAUGAAACAACAGGCUUACGAGGACCAGACAUUCGACCGGAUGAAGCUCCCGUAAUUCCAUUGCGAGAUCCUCCGCCAUAUCCACAAAAGCCACCCAACAUGAUCCGAGAACGAUCGAUUAUAUCUCCUCCGAGCACACAAUCAGUCCCAGAAGAGGCCCCAGCUCGUUUUAUCACAACCAGACCUCAAAUAAACAUACUGAAAGCUCACACUAGUGUAGUCGGUGAUACUGCUAAACCUAGCUAUGCGGCACCUACAAUCAAUAACAUAGGUAAUCUUUCACAGUCACCAAUUCCAUCAGCACUCACGGCAACAACAACCAAUGGAAUCGGCAUUCCGGUCGUAUCAUACCACAAAACGAUAGCCUCGCCUCCACCACCAUACCCGGAAUUGUCAAAACCAUCACACCGUACCUGUGUUCUGCUACCAGUACUAAAACCCCGCCAAUAUCAUCCACCACCUCCACCCACAAUGCCCAGACAACCUCCACCCCCACCACCCGCACAUUCGCUGGCCACAGUCUACACCGGUCAGUUGGCUCGUUCCCAAAUAGAGCUCUACCAGCAGCAGCUAUACAGCGAUGUGGACUACGUUAUCUACCCCAUUCAAGACCCAUCGAUCAGUCAGCAAGAAUACCUUGAUGCAAAGCAAGGAUCGAUCCUGGCUGCCAUGGCUCAAAGCCCACCUCCACCACCAUAUUUGGCAUACCACACAGUACGAGCUAACAAUCGAAGCUGGGAUGCUUGCAAAAAUCACGCUAUCUACAGAAGCACACCUUAUCUCUCUAUGGCGUUAUCGUCCAACUCACGCUAUGCAUCUACACAAAAUCUUUCGGAUACCUACGUUCAACUACCGGGAGCCUAUUCACCUCUCUACAGUCCUUCGGUAGCUAGUCUCUGUUCAUCAUACGAACCCCCACCGCCUCCACCCCUUCGACCUAGACCGGUCUCAACAAGCUCUUCGUCCAUGUUCGUAAGGUCCCGGUCGGACGAUAACAUUCUCAACUCGGUAGAAAGUACACCGAAACUCCGCAGACUUCCCCCGCCGCCUCCACCCUACGAAACCCGGAAAGCCAUUCGCAAACCACCAAUACCUCUUCCGACUCCAGAAAAGCACAAGGCCUCAAUACCAACAAAAGCUAAUACUUCUCCAGAAAAACCUCCUGAUGUUCCGGCUAAGCCAACUCCGAGCAAACCCUCGGGGCCGAGUGCCAAACUUCAAGCUCAGCUCAGGAAGCAGUAUCCCGACUUCGAUUGCAGUACUUUGAACAGCAACAUUGACAUUAAAACGCUACGCGAGAAAAGUAAAAAUCUCGACCUGCCGCUCAUUUCGGCUCUCAUGCACGAUCGUUCGCUUCUGAAACAAACCCGUGCCUUCGUCAUGCCUAAGCAUCCGAAAACUGGCGGCAUGACAAAUCCGGCCCUAGUUGGAUCCCCCGGCACACCUCCCGGCCUUCAGCAAAGCUCUCCACUACACAAAUCGAAAUAUCCGGUGUCCGGUUUGAGCACCACCCAACUUGCCAAGCCCCGCAAAUCAUCCAUCGUUAGCCAUCGUCAUCCGAACGACAAAUUACCGCCGCUGCCGGGUCAAACGACAACCGAAGGCAACAACUACGUCAUGGAUCCGACCCCGGCCAAACAGAAGAGCUACAGCUCAUCGCAACCCAGUGCCUGAUUUGAUUGAACGAAGAAGCAGCAUCAGUUAAGAAAAACUAAACAAAACAAACAAAAAUCAACCGAUAGACUUACAAAUUGAAACAUUUUGUGUCAUGCUACAUGAAUAAGCGCCAAUUGUCCCUUUUUCACCUCGUAUCAAUUCAAGAGAGAAACUUGCAUUUUUAUAAAAUGGAAUAUUAGCUCAUAUGACGCGAUGAAAUUAGCCACGCGGAAAAUCGAUAGGAAGUUUUUGGAACGAAAUUUCUUUCUACCCCACCGAUAAAGAGAGCUCUUUCGUUGUUUGACAACUUUUCAUCUUUCCAAUGAUUUAUCAGCACUUCCCAAUGACUUUGUUCCAAACUUUCUUACGAUUUUCUUCCUUUCUAAUCGGUAAGCUCAGUGAAGCUUAUAUCUAGUAAAAGCAAUAAUAACGAACAGAACAAACCAACCCGUACCCGUAGUGCAGCGUAGAAAUUACAGACACUUCUUUCAAUAUUGAAAAAUUCUCAGGAUUCGUUAAGAAAAGGUGUAAUUAGGCAUACCUAGUUUUCAUAUUUCCUCUGUAGCUUUAGCAUAAAUUUAGUGUAAAUAAUCGAGACCUAUCGAGAGUAAAGGCGUACAGAAAUACCGUUAAUUUUAAAGAAUGGAUUUGGUUGAAAAUGUUUUAGAAGAGCAUAUGCUUAAUUUGGCCGAUCAAUUUUGAAUGUACUUGAGCGUUAGGUUUUAACAGAAGAGAAAAAAAACAACAGGAGAACGUGCCAAAUCUGUUACUCUUGAUUGCAGCAGAGGGUGUAUGCUAAUAUGCAACAUGCAACUAGCCUAGCAUAGGAUACAGUAAAUUUCAACUGCACACAAGGAGGACAAGACUAAUUUGACUAGCGUAACAAAUUGAGUGAACGUGUAGGCCAAUGUAAUCUCCCCAACAUUUGAUGGUUGAAGUGAACGAUUGCAAAGUACUAGCUAAGUGAAACCCCCUGCGAAUUUUUUGAUGUAAAAUGUCCACGUAAUAAUGCUUUGAAACACUCAAAGUGAGUAGCCAUAUUUAUACACUGUAGAGAUCGCGCGAAAGUAAGAUUUUUGAUCUAGCAAUCUUGGAAUCUUGCAAAACAUCAAAAACCAACCAGGGGCAUACGUUACGAUGAAAGUAAAAUUUUGCUCAAAUUACUUACGGUAGAAAACUUGUUGAUUAAGAAGUGCACGAGUGCAUUGGUUUAGGUUACGAUGAGUUCUAUUUAAAAGAAUUUUUUUUUUAUUUUCGAAAGCAACUGCUCAUUGAGCGGGUCGGUUUUUGUGUGUAGGGAAUCACUGAUUUAGAAGAGAAAAAAAACGAGUACGAACUGUUUCUAGGAAGUAGUAAAGUAAUCGUUAUGUUUUUUCCUAAUAGAUAUUUUAAAAACAUAUUUUAUUAACAUUCUCUCUACUCUAUACAACACAGUUAAGGUUGACAUAUGUACAGAACAUUCUAGCAUGUUAAGUAACGUGUAGUUUAGAUAUUAUUCGAAUUUUCUUCUUUAUAAGAAAAAAAUCCAUAAAUAAAAACAAAAUUAAAUUAAAAA